AUGGAGUUCACGCGAGACGUCAAUUCUCCUGAGCCACGGAACAGAGACGAAAAGAUGGAUUCUGUGCGAGUAACAGCGAACUGUCGCAGCAAAAAUAGGGGAGUUGACGUUUGUCGAUUUUUGCUGAUUGGAGACUGUCGCAAGAAACUUCUUCGCACGCCAUACUUCUUCGGAUGGCACUAUGCGGUUUUAACCCUUAACAUUGUGUCAAUUUUUCUCAUAUCUUUGGCUGUCACAGGAGCAAUAUUACAACAGAAAGACAACAAAAGACGACGAAUAACGGCAAUCCUUUACACCGGACUAGUUUGUAUGAGUGUGUUUAUUCUCUGCAUUUCAUUGAUGGUGUUUGUGAUAAACGGUGAAAUGUUGGAGUCUAGGUACCUAAUUGGAGUGAAGAACACGUUUGAGAAAUACUAUGGAUAUUCUUUCUACCUCGCUUGUGCUGCUCUUCUCCUGCUUGUAUGUGCAGCAUUUGGAGCCACCGUGAUGACUACAUUUGCCUUCUUCGGAACAAAUACAUUUAAUGAUGUAUACUGCAAUGUAUCCUCUCGAACCAUUCAGGAUCAUAAAAACGACGUCAUUAAGAACUCCCAAGAGUUUAGAACAGUGAGUGUGCAACACGGAGACUACAUUACAUCUCAUCGAUCUUCUAGUGGUCAAUUUCAGCAAACAACAAGACAUUUUUACAGUUACUGA